GAUGCUGCUCUGGGUGUUCUUCCUCGUGACACUCACCCUCAGCAGCGGCUCCCACGGCUCCCCGCCCUCCCAGCCCCUCAGGAUGCCAAGGUACGCAGACGCCAUCUUCACCAACAGCUACCGGAAGGUGCUGGCCCAGCUGUCUGCCCGCAAGCUUCUCCAGGACAUCAUGAGCAGGCAGCAGGGAGAGAGAAACCAAGAGCAAGGAGCAAAGGUACGGCUUGGCCGUCAGGUGGACAGCAUGUGGGCAGACCAAAAGCAGAUGGCAUUGGAGAACAUCCUGGUGACCCUGCUGCAGGAGAACAGGAAUUCCCAAGGAUGAAGGUUCUGCGUAUGUUUCCUGCUCCCUGCAGCUGAGACACAACAGCAUCCGAUUAAUCCUAUUUAAUUUCUGACCUACCUUUUCCUUUAUAAAUACAAUAAAAUUCCCCCAUACUGGUCUGCAUUUCCAUUUUUCUUUUAUCUUCAACCUAAUUUUUCAUGUUUUACCUAGUUACAUUUCCCAAAGUGGUAUUACAAGAU